AAAAUCGUUGGCGACUAUUGCAAAAUGACGUCUUUCAAGAAGAACCACGAUGGCAUGGUAGCUUUCAUUCUCUGCUUAGUAUUUUGUCUAUUCAUUCCAAAUGCCGAAUCCAUCAAUCUGGUUGCAGAUUUUUACACUCAAAAUGGACAGUUUGGGGUAUGUUCGGAGGCUAUUACAGGAGAAGAUAGCGCCUAUCUACGUUCUCAUGUCGGAGCUUAUCAGUUUGGAAGUUUGAUCGGAUACCGUGCCAAUGAGGACUGUGCAGUUGGAUUUGACGCCGGAGAAGGUAAGCAAGUUUUGGUCAAAUUCUUGCGGUUCAGCCUGCAAGAACCAACCAACUCUGUGUGUCAGGACUACGUCACGAUCGAGGAGCUUGGAAGGGACGAUAACUUCACGUACUGCGGAAGUCAAGCCAUAGCUCCUUACGUAUCUGAUGAGAACAACAUCACACUGAUCUUCUACAGUGACUCCACUACUCAAUUGAGCGGGUUUAAGAUCCUGCUGACGUCAUUCCGAACGGCUACAGGUGCAUGUCCAGCAGGGGAAUUCAAAUGUGACUCCACAAGAUGUAUCGAUGACUCGCUGAAGUGUGACGGAGUCCUCCACUGUGUAGACGGUACGGACGAGGAAAGCGAUGAGGCCGGUUGUUCUUGGUUUGACCAUGUCAUUGGGGCGGUGUUGAGUCUUGGAGAACAUACGAUACUCGCUAUCGGCAUUUUGGCUGGAAGUGUGAUUUUCGUCAUCAUUACAGCAGUAGUUGUGUACCACGUGGUCAUCAAAAAGAAGAAGAACAGAGUGAUACCCAUAACUCCAACCAAACAUGCCAAAGCGAGAGACUCGGUCGCCACCACCUCCGACAGUCCAAAACCUGUAACCUCUAGCAAGACAACAUCGUCUUCUAAAUCAUCGGACAAACAAAAGAAGGCUACACCGUCGCCAUCGAAGAAGACUACUGUGAAGAGAACAAAGAAAGUGGCGCCCAUGGAGGAUGACGCUGACUGGUAGACCGGUUGUCGCCACAUUAAGAUGAUGUGUCGAUGUGGUUCAGCAGUUGCUUGUUCAUUAUUUUGCUACUGGAAGUACAAUAUAUUAUAUACAAUUACGUAUCCAUUUGCCAAAUUCACAAUUUGUGAUUACCAUCUGUAUGUGAUUGCUAUGGUGAAACUCAUAUGUGUUCCAUCAAACAUUUGGCGUAAAUCCUCUUGCAUCUUGUUACACUAAACUGACUUGGCACCUACAUGUACAUACCAUUGUAGAUCCUUUCUAAAUUGACAUUUUGAGUCCUAUAAAUCAUUAAAAUAUCCUGUUAUGUUUAAGAAUCAUUACAAUAAAAACGAAGUCAGUUUUUUGGCAACAGAUA